GAACCUCGACACAGAAAUACACCCUUCUGUAAGAAGAUUAAAAUGACCGGGGGAUGCAAAUGAAAUCAAAGCAGCGAGUUGGUGCUGUGUGGUUCGGAGGUGUUUGCGGUCCAAUCCGUGCGUAUAGAUUCAGAGGAGGAAGCGGCUGAAGAAGAGGAGAAAACGGGAACGGGACAAAUGCUGUUUUGUGUAAAAAGCCACCGGUAGUUUUUCGAUAUUUGCCAUUUUUAUUUCCGAUUGAGCUCUCGUGCAUCCCGCCGUCAUCUCAGGGAUAAAUCGCAGUUCAUUGUCUUCUGUCAUUAUAGGACAUUAUUCUCAUGCAUCUGGCCGUUAACUAUACAUUUUGUUUUUACGUAGGUUUAUCUUUUUCUCCGUUUGCUUUGGUUCCCUCGAUGUGAGCCGUCUUUAUUUUAUUUGGCCGCCGCAUGAAUUCUCCCACCGGAUCUUCGCCGGUGUACGCUGCUGUGGUCCUCCUCCUCCUCCUCCUCCUCCUCAUCCUCCUCCUCCUCCUCCUCCUGCUCAGACGGCCGAUUCUCACAGAGGGCACUACCCUCCUCCCUGCCUCUAAAGACAUUUCGAUCGUCCUCCCCGGUUUCCCCCACCCGGAAUCCUCGACCAUCACUCCGCCUGCCUCCUAUUCCUUUUCUUCCUCCACCACCACCACCGACACCACCACCACCACCUCCUCCUCUUCCUCCUCCUCCUCAUCAGUAACAUGUCGGGACAGUCUUUGACGGACCGGAUCGCCGCGGCGCAGCACAGCAUGACCGGUUCCGCCAUCAGCAAAGCCGUCUGCAAGGCCACGACGCACGAAGUCAGCGGACCCAAGAAGAAGCACCUUGACUACCUGAUCCACUGCACCAAUGAGCUGAACGUCAGCAUCCCCCACCUGGCAGACACACUGCUGGAGCGCACAGCCAGCAACAGCUGGAUAGUGGUUUUCAAAGCGCUCAUCACCACACACCACCUCAUGAUGUACGGCAACGAGAGAUUGAUGCAGUACCUUGCCUCCAGAAACACGCUUUUCAACCUCAACAACUUUCUAGAUAAGGCUGCACUGCAAGGGUACAACAUGUCCACUUUCAUCAGACGCUACAGUCGCUACCUGAAUGAAAAAGCCAUGUCCUACAGAUUAGCAGCAGUGGACUUCACCAAGAUGAAGAGAGGAGCUGAGGGUGUGAUGCGCACCAUGAACACAGAGAAGCUCAUUAAGACUCUGCCAACCAUUCAAAACCAGCUGGACGCACUGCUGGAUUUCCAGCCGAACUCCAACGAGCUAACCAACGGAGUGAUCAACACAGCUUUCAUGUUGCUGUUUAAAGACUCCAUACGGUUGUUUGCUGCUUACAACGAAGGGGUCAUCAACAUGCUGGAGAAAUACUUUGACAUGAAGAAGAACCAGUGCAAAGAAGCUUUGGAGAUCUACAAGACUUUCCUCAACAGGAUGACCAAACUGUCCGAGUUUCUCAAAGUGGCAGAGCGAGUUGGGAUAGAUCAGGGCGACAGCCCCGAUCUCACACAGGCCCCCAGCUCUCUCCUGGAGGCUCUGGAGCAGCAUCUAGCCUCUCUGGAGGGCAGGAAGCUCAAGGACCUCUCUGCAGCGAGCAGAUCCAACACCUUGUCCAGUGCAGUGUCCUCUCUCUCCAGCACCGGGAUCUCUCUCACCCGCAUGGACGACAAGACAGAAGACAACAGACUGCAGCAACACAAGGAGGACAGUUACAAGGCGAUCGAUAGUCAGACACCCAAUGUGUCACCCAGCACCCAGUCAGUGGGCAGCGCCAACAGCAGCGGAGGGGCCACGGAUUUCUUCUCCAAUUCACCGAUCGUACAAGUCAGCAACCAUGUGCCAAACCUGACCAGUGAGCUGUUCACCCUGCAGCAUAACUUCACCCCAAUCCAGACCACACACACUGUGCCCAACAACAACAAUGCCUGGGGAGGCGACCUGCUAAAGCCAGCCCAUCCCGCUCAAAUUCACAGCCCUGGAGUCCCACUGCACUCUGGGAAAAUGCUGCCCAAUGAUUUGGACUCCUCAUUAGCCAACCUUGUUGGUAAUCUGCAGUUUGGGGGGACGUCAGCUAAAAAGCCGGAGCUCCAGUGGAGUCAGCUGGUGGAGAAGAAGCCAACAGGAGGAGGCGGCUGGCAGUCAAAGACCAUGUGCACCAGCACCAACUGGACUCACACCACCCAUCCCAUGGCGCCUGCACCCAUGCCCGUCCCUCAGAUGAAUGGGAUGAUCUACACUGGCUACGCCCCCGCACCAGUAGCUUUUCCCAUGACGUCACCCCAAGUGCCUGUUUAUGGAAUGCUCCCUCCUCAGAUGACACAUCAGAUGGGGGGCGUUCCCAUGAUGCCCCCGCAGACUGUCAUGUACAACCAGCCCGUCCUGAGAUCCACCAACCCAUUUGGACCCAUGCCGGGGACACAGAUGCACUUCAUGUAGGGAUGAUGUCGUAACCAUGGCAGCAAAGCCAAGAGAGAGAAGGCGAGAGGGAAGAGAUGGAAAGAGAAAGAGCUGACAGAAAACAAAUCCAGAACCAAAUCCAGUGCUGGAGGAAGAAAGAGGCAGCCGCAGAGGAGAAGGGAGGGGAGAGGAAGAAGGAAAGAGGACCAGAGGACGGAUAAAAGAUGAAAAUGCUGUAUCUGUUUCCAUGUAGCCUCAACAUCUAAUCUCCUCUCCUCUCUCCAUGUGGCUACGGAUCUCUUGUCCUUUAAUGGGGUACCAGAGGCUCCGCAUCAGUCCCACUCAUCCUCUGUUUGAUUUGCCAAUUCAGAAGGCGAUUAUGACCUGCGAUGACCGCUCCGUGGAAGCGCAGAGGCUCUAACUGCCAUUUCCCGACCUCCUCAUCCUGAUGAUUUCCUGUAAAAAACGUUCCCACUUCAAACCCGGAGGACACGCGCCUCUUUCUCUGAUUGGAUUGUUUGCUGGCACUUUACUCAAUGUGAACUUUGCCAAGGGUGUAUGUCUGUGUAGGUGAUUUGAGCGUCUUGUUCAGAUUGGUUUCCCAAGUUGUGUGUCAUUCAUCACCUGAUGUCAGAAGUAAUCGAUUUGAAUGUGCGUGUGUGUGUGCGUGUGUGCGUGCGUGUUUCUUUUUUUUCUACAUUUCAACGUGCUGCAUUGACAUUACCGUUUUGAGUCUUUUUAUGAGCUCCAUUUCUUCUUAAUUGCCAACCUCCCAUCUAAAGUCCGCUCAUUUGUGGGUGCGCUUGUGUGCGUGCGUGUGUGUGUGCGUGUGUGUGUGUGUGUGUGUGUGUGUGUGUGUACUCUAUGUGUUCCUCUUUUGGUACCUGAUGUCAUCGCUGUGUUGUGUUGCCAGGUACCGAUGUGUCGCUGCACUGGAACUAACUGAUGAAAGCACUGAGCCAGAACCGGGCAUCGCAUUUGGAUGUAAACAAGCCUCUUACACUAACUUUGGGGUCGUGCUGUACACACUGUGUAUUUUGUCCCCCCCCCCCCAUCCCCCCUCCCCUAGUCUACAGCUGUGCAAUAUCAUGCAAUCUCGUUAACGUCUUUCCCUCCCAUCUUUAGGCUGAUUAGGAAGCUGUUCCCUGCUUUAGAGUUGUUAUGUGUCCACAUCAGGUUUCUGUACAGAAUGCUGUUUUACUUUGUUUUCUAAACUGUUCCGUUAUACAAAUACUGCUCUAAAAGUAGUGAAAAAUGCACUGAGCCUGACGGAGAGUUGACUGGGAUGUCGGUAUUAACUCAGUCUCGCCAAUCAGAACCGGUCCGACUCCCAACCCGUGUGAUUUCCUCCCUGUCCUGCGUUCGUCCUGUGCAAAAACGAGUCUGCCGUCGUGUCCUUCACGCUCCAGAAAAAAACACGGACAAGGGAAAUAAGCGCAGCAGAAGUCUCACCUCCACCCGGAGUAAUCAAAGACACUGCGACCACAGAGAGGGCUUUGCUAAUGUAGUGUUAACACUUAUGGACAGGACAGCUAAAGAUCAAAUCAGAUGAGGACCCGACCCGGCGUAAAGCGACUGAGCGUAAUGUCUGCUGAGUAACACAGUGACGCCGUACAGAUCCAUUCAGACAGCCAGACGCGGGGGGGCUUUAAUGAGACGUUAGAUGUUAAUGUGGCUUUUCUGGUAGACCCAAGGUCAAGUUCAACCCACAGACAGACGAUAUAUAACUUUAUAUAUAUAUAUAAAUAUAUAUAUAGCACAAACCCUCAAAGAGAGGACAACGCUCUGCUGCACAAAAACCUAAAAUCAUUGCUGGGAUGUACAGUUGAAAGGGGCAAUAAUCGAUCGGGGAUGAGGUCGUUUUCUAUUGAUUGUGUCUGUUCUAUGUACAUGUACUGUAUGUGUGUUUGUGUGCACGCGCCUUCCCAUUGAGAUAAACAGGGUCGAGUUCCUCGGCCUCAGCUGAAGGGUCUCCAGUGAGCUGGCAGUGAGUGUUAUUGUGGCCGUGUCUCCGUCCGUAGGACCCAAUGUCAAAUUGAGGAUCAGACUAGUCUGGCGAUAACAACACACACACACACA